UGCUUCUGUGCCGUUAAAGGGACAGCUUUAAUCUUCCAGACUGCAGCGCUGUGCUCCAGAAUGAUCUCACAGGACUUUCAAACAGAAGACUCGAGUAUUAGAGGGAUGUGAGAGCAGGUAUUAAUAAAGCAUCGGUAUAGAAGGCCUCGUUCUGCUUAUCUUCAUGUAAUGAGACACACAUUUAUGUAUAACAAAAAUCAUACUGCUAGUUUCAGAGCAGUGCAUAUAAACUCAAGAAGUGUUUGAGUUUUGAAGUGUUGCUGCCUUUGCCACUGCAAUCUGCACCAUCAGGACUUACUGAGUGUGCCAUUCAUCCCUGGACUAUCCUGUGUGUGUGUGUGUGUGUGUGUGUGUGUGUGUGUGUUGUUGUUUUCCCCUGUUUCUUUUUCACGUGGAUAAUGUAAUUGACGGACAGGCUGGGAGAGGGAAUUCAGGCCAGGACAGAAGGAAGCACGUAACAGGAUCGGCUCUUGCUUGGAGUUUGUGCCCUUUUUGUUUUGUUUUUUGGAGAUUUUUGAAGAAAUCUUUGACUGAAGGCUGUUUUGGGAUUUUAUUGUGAAGGAUUGAUAUCCAUUAUUAAAAAAACAACUUUUGGAAAGAGCCAAUGGGAGCUAAGUUUACCAUCUGCUGCUGUCACUAUCUGAAACACAACCAAGAAGAGAGGAAUGCUAUUUUGCGAAUGCAGAGCACUCCCAGACCACCUGAUGAGCUAUCCAGUGGGUCUAGUGACAGUGAGACAGAAGAGAAGAACAUAUUUGGACCACCGCCUUCAAAAACGAGUCAGUGGAACAACCGGCAAAGCCAGAGGAGCACCGCUGAUCAGCGGGCAGACAGAGCCGAAAACACUCCCGUCAGUCAGGGACUGGAUCGAGAGUUACAGGCUUUCAUCAGCAUGAGAGACCAGACUGACGAGGCUACGGAGGAAUGGGAGAAGUUGAAUUAUGACAUACAUACCUUGCGCUAUGCCAAACGAGAGGUCAGAGCUCGGUGGAAGAAAAUCCUGCUUCAGCUCGGUUACCAGUGUGAGGUGGACGCCUUGCUGUGUGUGAACAAACAGAGCCGAUUCAGUCGAGAUGAAGAACAUCUUAACAAAGCGACUGAACUGUUGACGCAGCUGCUGGACCACACCUCUCUGUUCCCUCCUGGAACAGGACACCAGAACCGAUACCUCUGUAUCAUGGACCGGCUGGUGUUACUGGACAGCGCUGAGGACUUUGUCAGACUGGCCAAGGAAAAAUAUCCCAAGAAAGAAGGCUGAGAGGCAGUAACAGAGAAAAUGUGCCAAAGACCGAAGGUGUCCUGUAAAGAAUGUGGACUCAUGCUGGAGACUGUUUUAACACAUUUGACCACAUUUCAGCUUUAAUUUAAAUUCUGAAGUUUACUUCUAACAGAAAAACUCUUUUUGUUGCAGCUCAGUCUGUUAACUUGUGCUUGGGUUGUUUGGCGUACACAGCUUGUAAAACACAAAAGUAAAUACUAUUUUUAAUAUUUAUUUUUUAUGUCUACAUCAACAGUUGUUUUUAACUGAAUCCAUAAUUUUCAAAGACAAUAAAAAUUAUUCAGUAAAAACUAAAAUAACCUUUGAAACUAUAUUAUUGGUAUCUAUAUGUACAGUAUAUAACACAUAAACCAUUUAAAUGUAUUUGAAAAUCAUCUUUAACGCUCUUUUGCUAACACUUGUCGGAGUAAACUGUGUUUUAACUCUAUUUUCUGUCAUAUUGGGUUGUUUCCCGUCCACGUUGUGACCAUUAAAAUAUAUUCACUCAUCACGAA